ACUGCCGGGAAUGGCGGAGUGCAUAUGCGCCACAGAUGGCAGACCAGAGAGAGCCUCACUCACACAUAAGUAAGUCGUUAAUGGCUGUGUCUAGCCUGGAACAUAUGCGGGGAAGCUCUCAUUCGUCAAAUAAUAACAGGAACUCCGACACCGUGUUUGUCGAGGUUACCAAGCAGAUGAAAGCUCUCGGUUUUCCGCGUUUGGCUAUGUAAAACUUUGGAUCAAGAAGCCCACUAGAUAGUAUCUAUCUACGUAUCUGACUAGACAGUGAUAUAUUCUGUGGCCAUGGCAGAAGCAUUAGCGAUAAUCGGCGGUCUUUCGGCUAUUAUGCAGAUAGCUGGAAGUUUGGUGAAGCAGACCAAGGAACUAGACGAUUUCAUAAGAACCAUACGCAGAGCGCCCAAAGAGAUUGAAGAUUUUAUACAGGAAACCUCAAUUUUCACCAGCCAACUGUAUAACUUCUACGACCUGCUACAGGAAAUUGCCAGCGAGUCUAAGAGGAAAUUCAAAGCGGAGAGGACGAAGUUGGUCAGAAAAAUAAUAAGACAAUGCACAUCCGUUAAGAGGAGCUUUACUCGUCUUGUGGACCUCUUUAUCGAUAUCAAUGGUACAAGCACUACGCCAUUCAAUACGCUUUUGGCUCGACUACUAUGGUUUUGGAAGAAGCCGGGUGUGCCAGAGUUACGCCUGAGCAUCCGAAGUGCAACAGCCAAUGUCACGCUGUUAUGCACCUUUUUCAUGUAUGAAGAAUUGCUGACAAAGAAAGAGAAAAAUACUGAGGAUGAAAGGCUCCAUAUCCUGGAAGGGCAAAUUGAAAACUUAGUAUCGACGUGUAGAAAACUCAGGUAUGAGUUGGCCGACCUUCAGGAGCGAAAGCAACCCGCUGAAUAUACGGAGUCGAGAGGAUCUUACAGUAAAGAUACUCACCACAUAGAGCGGUUUGUCGACAAAGCGAUUCAAUCAUAUACUCAAGGAACAGUACAUUCCGGGAGCAAGAGAUCUACUCGUCGGGAAACUCCUGAGCCAGUAGAACGGGAACUCCGGGCAGAUCGGUCAUCACUAAACCCGGGGGCUGCGACCCCGGGUGGUAAUAGAAGAGACCAUCUUACACGGCAUGCCAUACCUGUUGAUAUCCCAGAGUUUAACGAACCCACAUUACGAUUCCACAAACCGGAUCGUAGGAGAAGGCAAGACUACGGGCGAUUAGUAGGAGAUGAGGCUGCGAACACCAAGCAGUCUGACAAGUCAGCCAGCCAGCCCAGCCAGCCCAGCCAAACUCUGACUGUUCAUUCUGAAUCUCAAAAGGACACAAGGCAGCUGCACACCCAAAGUGCAGUCAAACUGAAUCGUGGAGAUUCCGGUUCCGGGUUGCCCAAUCAAAGUGCGCAUAACGAUGGAUCUCAUCCACAUAGUCCCAUAGAAGAGCGGUCGGGACAAGAGCAUCCGUUGACGGUGUCAAAACAUUCUCUAGCAACCGAGCUAGAAGGCUCACCAGUCAGCCAUUCUGGUUCAGCUGAGGAAGAUCCUGGGCCAUAUAUGCCAAUGGCGCCUUUUGGUGGACCGGGGUCAAGGAGGCGACCAAGACGACCAAGGCCACAAUCACCUAUUGAAUAGGAAGAUAAUUUUAACAGUGAUAUUGGUUUAUUACAAGUGUAUCUUGAAUUUUGACAUCUGGGUUCAAGUUGAUUGGGUUUGACGAA